GACAAGCAAAACAGUUGACAGCAAAACUAGAGCGUCUUUCGGUGCGUGAAUGUUUGUUGGUGUAAAGCAUUUUACAUUAUCUACGAUUUAAAUUGCAGUCGCUUGGAGUUGUAGCUAAUCAUUCGCCGGCACAAUGUUUGGCGCGCAAACACUCGGUGCCAAUCCAGGCUUUGGCAGUCCGACGGCCACAACAACAACCAAUCCGAUGAAGGACUUCGAAGUAACGGCGCCACCGGAAGAUACGGUGUCCGCGAUGGAGUUCAGUCCGGCAACCUUGCAGCAAAAUUUUCUUAUCGCCGGCAGCUGGGACUGCAGCGUACGUUGCUGGGAAGUGGAACAGUCGGGUAAGACCGUGCCCAAAUCCAUCAAAACCAUGGGCGGCCCAGUCCUGGAUGUAUGCUGGGCAGAUGACGGCAGUAAAGUAUUUAUCGCCUCGACGGACAAACAGGUCAAGUGUUGGGAUCUGGCCUCGGACCAGGUGGCACAGGUAGCACAGCACGACGCGGCCAUUAAAACCUGUCACUGGAUCAAGGGUACAAACUACACUUGCCUGAUGACGGGCUCGUGGGAUAAAACACUUAAAUUCUGGGAUACACGGACACCGCAGCCCAUGAUGUCGAUUCAGCUACCGGAACGUUGUUACUGUGCGGACGUCGACUACCCGAUGGCCGUAGUAGGUACAGCAGGCCGGCAUGUGUUGAUAUAUUCGCUGGAAAACAAGCCGACGCAAUUUAAGCAGCAGGAAAGUCCGCUCAAGUAUCAGCACCGAACGGUAUCCGUGUUUCGUGACAAAAAGAAAGCACCUACCGGUUACGCCCUCGGCAGUAUCGAGGGGCGCGUCGCCAUUCAGUACGUUAGUCCGUUGAAUCCAAAGGAUAAUUUCACCUUCAAGUGUCAUCGUUCGAACGGAUCGACCGGCUACCAGGAUAUCUAUGCGGUGAACGAUAUCGCUUUUCAUCCGAUUCACGGCACGCUGGCUACGGUGGGUUCGGAUGGAACAUUUAGUUUCUGGGACAAAGAUGCUCGUACCAAACUGAAGUCAUCCGAUACGUUGGAUCAAUCGAUUACUAAGUGCUGUUUCAACAGCAAUGGUCAGAUCUUUGCAUACGCCGUCGGAUACGAUUGGUCGAAGGGACACGAGUACUACAAUCCGCAGAAGAAAACGUACAUUUUCCUUCGCUCGUGUUACGAUGAAUUAAAACCACGGGCCUCAAGUUAAGUAGGAGAAAAUACGAAACUUUUGCUUUCGAGACAUCUUCAUACAUUCGAACAGCACGCUGUUUUGUUUGUUUCUGCUACAAAACAAAUUCGUUUAUUCUUGAUGCAGAAUUUUGGGAAAUAAAAUCUAAUGCGCGAUAGCAACCAAGAA